AUGGCCUCGGUGGCCCAUCUCCACAAGCUGGUGGCCAAGAACGCGAAGCUGCUCAAGGCCGCCUGGCAUCAUGCUGCGAAGCUACUAGAGAAUCAACUGCCAGCCUCGAGUCGACCCACUCAAGCUCAAUUACGACCUGUUCUUGUCAAGAAUGCGCCUCGCCACCCACUCCACCGGAUUGCUCUGCUCAAGCAGAGCAAGGGAAGGUGGUACACCACGCAUAGUACCAUUAGCGCUACCAUUCGACGAUUCACAACGUCGGGCGCCCGCUCUUCGGGGUUGAAGUACGACCGCUCAGUGUUGCCCAAGUCCAGAAUCGGCUCAGCAGUCACUGCUCAAACCGGGCGAGCGCCUUUUGCUUCCACUCUUCGUCCAAACUUGACCGGUGGUACGCUUGGCAGGACGGCCGGAGGCUAUGCCUGGGGUUCUGGACGUGUAGGUGGUGCGAGGUACUUCUCGCAUGGCCCUGCCGCUCCGGCGCAGGUCAUCCAAAAUGUAUCUCAGGCCAUGAGGGCCUUUGCGAUAUCAGGACAAAAGGCCCAAUUCGAUGGCGUUAGCCCCCGUACUGGAGAGAAGCGGUACCGAACCGUUUCGGCUUUGCAGGAUCAGGUCAAUCGCACCCUCACACGAGUGCCAAAAGCCUCGCCUGGAUCCUUCAUUAGUUUCAACAUCAAUCCAACCAUCACAGCUCUGAGUCCCUUGAGCUCGAUCAAGGGCUUCAGCUCUUUUGCCCAGGAGAAGGAGAGCUUGAGCCAGGAGGGGCUCCUGGACAUCCUGUCCGUGGAUUUCUCGCGAGCGGUCAAAGAGCUCGCUGCGGUGCUCCGAGACUUGCAGCGACUUUCUGAGUUGGGCGACCUUCCAAUCACAUACGAUGCUUCGACUCUCAAGGUGCAUUUCCCAGGCUGUGACUCCAUGACUGUGGAGUCGCUCUGCAACGAACUGGGCGUCCAGCGCGGCGUCAUUCACCAGGAUGAAGACUUUGACGCAUUUGUAGGCACGGAAAUUGCGCUGCUAUUCCCGUUUGCACCCAGCAGGACUCCGUCCGAGUGCUCCUUUUACGAGAAAUCGGUCUCGGGCCGUCAGCAACCACUGGAUUGGCGCAACAUGAUGGAGGAUGCGCCUGUUGAGAAUCCGGAGACGUAUUCAACCCAGUCGGAGGAUGGCCAAGAAUUCGAGGAUUUGGCUCAGAAUCCGUGGAUUUCGUCUCCAUCUGGCUAUGGAAGCUUCCACACGAGCGAUGUCGAGGCCUAUUCGGAGGACGGCCACACCCCGCUCGAGUACCAGGGGAUUGAAGGGAUAUAUCGGUUUAUGGAGCAGUGCGAAUCGAGACGCUAA